AUGCACUUCUUCAAGGCCUUCCUCCCCGCCGUCACUCUAGCUCUCUCCACGAUGGUCAUUGCCGAUUCCGUCGCCCAGACGACGGUCGAGCAGCUGCAAUGGCCGGGAGACCGCGAGCUGCCCCCCGAGUCCAUCGAGUUCAUCAAACAGGCCCUCCUCGAGGACCGACAGGGUGUCUGGACGUGCACGUUCUUGGGAGGCGGCAAGAACCGCCAGACAAAGUGCUUCCUGUUGAAGAGGACUGGCGGAUAUUGCUCCUUGACGAAGUGA